ACCAUUGUGGGAUGUGCAACCGCUGCUGUGAUACUUCUGCUGUUCGUCAUCAUCACGGUAUUGCUGGUACGACGAAGGAGAAAACAGUCCGCAGCAUCGUUGCAAAAACGUGUUGUUCGACAAACGGACAUUUGGAAUUCUACAAGAUCGGAAAAACACGAUGGUAAGGAAGUGGGAGAUACAGCAGAAAGAGAAGUAGAUGAGGAAGAUGGUGACAUAGAACCGCCACUGCAACAUGACAUCAUCCAGGUUGAGCAGGACCAUGAUCCGCCUGUCCUUGAACCAGAUGCUGAUGUGGGUCUCCAGGACAGGAACUACUACAACGUGGGGGAAGUGUUGAUGGGCACUGCGAUACCUGUGUCAGAGUUAGAGGUCAAGGUUCGGGGAAUGGUGGAACGACCGGAGGAGGCAGAGGACGAGUUUCAGGGGUUGCCGGGUGGUUUCAUACACACCCACCAAGAAUCCCAGCUGCCAGAAAACAAAGGGAAGAAUAGAUUUAAAGGCUACUACCCGUAUGACUACAACCGUGUGGUGCUGCAUGACGACAACAGCGGCGGUGGAGGAGACUACAUCAACGCCAGCUAUGUGGACGGAUACGACACCGAAAGGCGCUACAUAGCAGCACAAGGGCCCUACAGACUUGAGAUUGUUGAUAACUUCUGGGGGAUGAUCUGGCAGGAUGAAUGCAGAAUCGUUGUCAUGGUAACUGGUCUCAUCGAGGCAGGCAAGAUGAAGUGCCUUCGUUAUUGGCCGGAGAAAGGUACAGAGACGUACGGGGACAUAUCUGUAACCAUGGAUACACAGACACGCUUCGCAAACUACACGGUCACUAAGCUUUCCGUGCAACACAAUCAGGCUGCCAAGAAGCUGUGUCUCGAGCACUUCCACUUCACCAGCUGGCCGGAUCAUGGCGUCCCAGACACUUCCGCUCUACUGGAGUUCAUUAGAAAGGUGAAGGUAACAUCAAGGGAACAGACACAGACAAUCAUAGUUCACUGCAGUGCCGGUAUAGGCCGUACAGGGACCUACAUCGCUAUCGAGCGUCUAAUGGAGCAGGCCAAGACAGAGGGCGUGGUUGACGUUGUCAGCGUCGUCUCCAACAUGAGGGGACAGAGGAAGAACAUGAUCCAGACAAAGGAGCAGUAUCUGUUCGUCUACCAAGCGAUGGCGAUGUGGUUAUCGCAGGGGGACACGUCUUUGGAUUCAAACUUCCUCAAAACGUUGAACCUUGAUGAUUUGGCUGACGUGACCAUGGGAAACAAGACCGUACAACAGCAUCUUGAGGCUCUGCACGAUAAUCCUCCCCGUAAGUAG